AGCCCAUAUGAGUCUGUAGUUGAGACGAGAACGUUAACGUGUUUGGACGUGUCAAACGUGUAGUGUAUAAACUAUUGCAUCUAAAGUGCCCGUGUGCUGCGUGAAACGCGAAUGCGGCGUAUAGGAAUAUGUGUCGUUUUUUUUUUGGUCAGCUAAAUAACGCGUCCACCUAAUAAAUGAUUUGCAAAAAAAUCGAAGUCCUAAGGUUUUAAAAUUUAAAACGCGUUGACGCCUUAAUGUCAAAGUUAUACAGUGUUCACAUACAUAUAUUUUUGGGGUUAAAUAAUCGAAAAAAGUCGACAAAGACGACGACGACGAGAACGACAAAUACGACGCCAACGACCAGUAAUAAUAUAACAACAGCAACAACAAAAAGCACGAGCCUCUCAAAGAAUUUGGAGCAAAAAUUUGUCUGCUGUGUGCGUGUGUGUGCGAAAAAGAAGUACAAGUGAAAAGUAUUAAAAAAAUAAGUGCAAAACAAAGUUCCGAAAAAAGUGAAGUGCUAACGAAGUUUGUGAGAAGAAAAAAACUUUGCGUGGUUUAAAGAAAAUCCAAGAAAUUUUUGCAAAUUCAUGUCGAAAACCCUUUUUGUUGGACCUCUAAAUACCUCUGCCUCUCUCCGUAAAGAAACGCGCAACCAAUUUGACGCCAAGCUCACCAAGUUUCGUAUUAACCGGUUUGUUUGCCAACAAAUUCUGUUUAUCCUACGUGACCGACCAAUCACCUCAAGUGUUUGCAAUUUAAAUUUGCAUAUGUCAAAUUUCGGUUUUCUGUUGCUUGAAAAGUUAAUUUCAAUAGCUUAGGGUUACCCCAAGGCAUAUUUACACUAAACGACGGAUUAACUGGCAGACCUUUGCACCCUUUUUCAAAAUACAAACAAAAGAAGUUUGCCAAUGCUUUUGCUUUAAACCAGAGACAGACCAAAGCAAUUUAUAAAGUCUAAAGGAGGAAAUUAUAUACAAAGUUGUUGGACCACUAAAUUAUAAUUUCGUCUGCCUGCCUGUAAGAGAUAAUUAUUGCAAUUUGCCACAGGAUCUACUGAAGCAACAACAACAACAACAAUCAACGUCUACAAAAGCAACAUUAACAUCAACAACCAUCAUCAUCAGCAGCAGCAGUAGACAACAACAUCAGCCAAAGCAACCACUUUAUGGCCAAUGGCUAAAUGGAAACAAGGCAGAAACAAUUUUUAACCAUUAUUUAAAUAAAAUAGCAACAAGAGCAACAACAUAAUAACAACAAAAGUACAUAUACACACAACAUACCAUGCAAUAAAAUACACUGGAUGUGUGUAUUUUUAAUUAAAUAAAUUUUGUAAAGUGGAUCAAACAUCAUACAAAAGUUCCAGCCCGAACGCCAUAACCAAUACCAACAACCAUCGUAGGCACGAAUUUUCACUCAACAAUUCCGUUUGUUUAUCGCCCGUCGUCACAUAAACCAGGAAAAAAGUUUAUUAAAAACGGAUACUAAUGACGUGUGGUGAAUAUACAAUUUAUUGGCAACAAAUGGUUCAAAUCAACAACAACAACAGCAACAAACGUAACAAACACGCCAAGAAAUUGCAAAGAAUUUAUUAAAAAAAAGGAGGAUACCCCCGAAGAGAGAACAAAAAAAAAAAAAAAGAAAACUUCAAAACAACAAUAUAUUUUUUUCUGUGGAGGAUAAACCGCAAACACCUACUGAAUAGGAAAACAAAAGUUUUUUACAAAAAGAAAAAGAAAUAGCAACAACAAAAUAGGGAAAACCCAAAUUGCUUACACAAAAUGAGAAAAACAACGAAAAGAAAAGCGGAAACGAAGGGACAAGCCGAACAACAAACCAAUAAUAUAAACCAAAUAGAUACAACCGCCACAACCACAAUGGGUGUAAAUUUUGAAUGUUAUCAACGUUUGCAGGAGAGCUUUACGCCCGGAUUGGUGUUGGAGAAGGUGGAAGAUGUCGAAACAUGCCAUGCCACAGAUAUCAACUCCCACAGCCGUCAUCGACAAACAAAAGAAGAAGAAGAAGAAUUGUGUCAUAAGCAAAUGACAGCAACAGCACUUGUGGGUUGUCUACUGCCAACACAAUCCUGUAAACGACAACAACAUGGCCACAACAGCAGCAACAACAACACCCAUAAAAGCCCAAAAGAAUGCACUUCACUGUUCGGUCCCUUGCAUUGUUCCCGACAAUGGCUAAUAUUGGCUUUGCUGGCAUUGUCGCUGUGUUUACUUGCGGUUCCCGUUAAUGGCCUGGCAAAUUGUCCCAAUGGCUGCCAAUGUGACGACGAUACUCUGGUGGUCAAAUGCGGCGAAGGCACUCUCGAUGUGCUACCCAUUGCCCUGAAUCCGUCCAUCCAACGGCUGGUAAUCAAAAACAAUAAAAUCAAAACCAUCGAUUCGAGCAUUCAAUUCUAUGCCGAGCUGACGUUCCUCGACUUAUCCUACAACGAUUUGGUGACCAUACCCCAGAGGACAUUUGCCUUCCAACGCAAAUUGCAGGAAUUGCAUUUGAACCACAAUAAGAUUGGCCAGAUCAACAACAAAACGUUAAUGGGCUUGUCGGCGGUGACCAUUUUGAAUAUAAGGGGCAAUCUCUUGGCCGAAUUGGAGGAUUACACAUUUGCACCGCUGCUCAAGGUGGAGGAAUUGAAUUUGGGCCAAAACCGCAUAAGUCGCAUUGCUGCCCAUGCCUUUGAUGGCCUGAAGAAUUUAAAGGUGCUAUACUUGGAUGACAAUACGUUAACAUCAGUGCCGGCACCAGAAAGUUUCCAGGCCAUGCCAAUGUUAGCCGAGCUGUAUUUGGGCACCAAUUCAUUUAUGUCCAUACCCAAUAGGGCCUUUGAGGAUUUGAAGGGUUUAACCCGUUUGGAUUUGAAGGGAGCUGGUCUACACAACCUCUCACUGGAGGCCAUGAAGGGUUUGGAGGGUGUUCGUUUUCUGGAUCUCUCCGAUAAUCGUUUGGAAUUUAUACCCCAAAGUGCAUUGUCACAUUUGGAAAGGCUGGAGGAAUUGGCUUUGGGACAAAAUGAUUUUGAGUCAAUACCCACAAACGCUUUGGCCGGAUUGAAAAAUCUCAAACGUUUGCAGAUUUCCGGAGCCCAAAAGUUGCAGAAGGUGGAAAAUGGUGCCUUUUCGAGCAACACCAAUUUGGAGUAUUUGAAUUUGUCGGCAAACAAGUUAUUGGCCGAAAUCGAGGAGAAUGCCUUUAGUGGGUUGCCACAUCUGAAACAUAUCAUUUUGAAAGAGAAUCAAAUUACCACCUUAAAUGAGGGCCUAUUUCCUUGGGCAGAUCUGACAACUUUAGAUCUUUCCGAUAACCCUUUGAUAUGUGAUUGCCGUUUACUGUGGCUGCGCACCUUGAUUAUCAACAAAAACAAUACCAAUGAACAGAUACAGGGUGUGGUAUGUGCUGCCCCUCCCAAUGUCAAGGGAGAGCCGUUGAACACCUUGAGUCCGCCCUUGCUGGGUUGCAGCCACAGCAGUCCCAAUCAACAGGCUUUGAUAAGUAUUCUACUGGUAGUCACAGCUGCGGCUAUUACCGCCUUGGCUUUGAUUAUAUAUUCCUGUCGCCGUCGAAUACGUGAGGUGCUCAAGGGGGGUUGGGGCAACUCUGCGCUGGGUCGCAAAGAACGAGAAUAUCAAAAGACUUUCUCCGAAGAAGACUACAUGAAUCGCCAUCCACAAAUACCCUGUGCCAUGAGCAGCUCUGCACCCUAUUCCACUACCACAAGUGGAUAUGGUGGCCAACAUGCCUUGCAAUAUAUGGGAUCCCGACCAAUACCCGUUACCGAACUAUAGCUAGAAGCACCACCCCCACCUCAACAAAGAGGUCGGGGAUCGGCCACAAAUGGCACCGUCAGCAACUGUAACACCCUACAACAACUGAAGGUGCCCAAUGGUACAUCCAUGUACAAUGGUUGUGGUCCUCUACCCGAUAAUCAAAACUCCUUUGUCAAUCAGCUAAAUCAAAUACCCUUUAUGACCAAUAACACACCGCGGCCGUACAACUACCAAUCGCAACAGGAUAUGCGCAAGUUGGCCAAUAAUAAAAAUUCCACAAUCACCUCAUUGCCAAGACACGGACAAACGGCAAAUUGGCAACAAGAAAGUUCUCUGACACAAAAUCACAUCUAUUCGCAGCCCAUAACCGCCAAUGGUGUGGCCUAUGUUACACCAAAGUUCAAUACAACCGAUCGUCAUAUCCGUCUGACCCAGGAUCAUUUCAAUCACAACAACUCGCUGAAAUAUCCCCAACAAUAUUCUCACAAUGGCAGCAAUGCCCUCGAUGAUGAGGAUGGUGAUUAUUUGCACAACAAUUCGCAUUAUUCCUUGCCAGUGGAUCACAAUAAUGAUGCUAGUCCUACAUCAGAAUCCCCGAUACCGCCCACACCACCGCCGCCGGCCUUGCCACUACGCAAUGGUAGUUGUAACACUACUGGACGUAGAUCAACCUUUAGUUCUUUGAAUGGUAACUCACAACAGCAGCAGCAUAAUCACAUAAAUAAUAACAAUAAUAGUAGUGUGGCAACUCUGCACAAAAUUACAACUCUGCAUAAUAACAAUAACAACAACAUCAACACCGGCAGUCUCCGGCAUCAGUAUCACUGAUAUUCAUUGAAAAAAUGCCAUGAACAUGCCGCGAACGCGGCCACCGGUUCAAGGUCUGAGAAAUACAAUUGGUUGAAUAGCAUGAAACGGGAGGGCAAUGCGGGCCGCUUUGAGACCAUUGAAAUGACAGCGUUUUUACAUUAAUUGAGUGGCAUUAGAAAUGGGAAAAAGUUUUAAUAUUAGAAAUAUCUUUAUAAGAAAAAAAAAAAAAAAAAAAACAAAACUUGCAAUUUAGUUAGGAAAAUCUUUGUUUAAAUUCAGUUUACUUUUCUCACUGGGAAAGUUAAAACAAAAACUUGAAUUUUAAAGACACAGUCACACCAGUUAGCUUUGGUUAUAAGAAGACUAUGAAUAUUAGUUAAUUUUUUUUUUUUAAUUCAAAGGAACCUUGAAAAUUCUCUUCCAGGAUGUAGUAUUUUUUAUUGUCUACAAAACUGAGUUUUCCUAAUGAUUUUUUCAGAGCAAAAUUAAUUUUUUCCAGAGAGCGAGCAAAAAAAUAGAAAGAGAACAUUUAAUUGAAAAGGAUUUCCUUGGAUCAUCGUCACAAAAAUCCCGGUCUUUUAUUCUGUAUAAAAAUAUUUUAUUUGGAAUUCUUCCACUAUAGGUGCGUAAUUUGCUUGGGUCUUUUGGUUUCCUUCAUUAUUCGAAAAGAAAUUUGUAAAAUGUUCGAAUAGUUUUGGCAUUUUAGUUCAUUUAUUUUCGUUCAGUUCUUGUCAUGGAACUGGUUCCCUAAGUUCAUAGGUUCAAUCACUUGAAGUAUCACUCUAUCAAUGACGAUCAGCCACUUACCAGGAGAAGAAAAAGGUUUUGUGGUUUAUAUCAACAUCCAAAAUUACAUUGUCGAAUAUUCUACUAGUUUCAAGUAUUAGAGGUAUUUUUUAUCAUGCAACUAGUUCCCAUAGUUUAUCAGUUCAAUCGAUUGAAGUAAGGGAACGUAACAAAAUGUAAUAUAUUGAAGCAAGUUUUUAAUACUUGAUUGAAUGAUUCUGGUGGAAUUUAUGAAUAUGGGAAGUUAGGGUUUAUAAUGACAACCCGACCUUUUUUUAAAUUGGUUUAUCGAAAUUCUUUUAAUGGGGAUCCUCUAUUUACCAGGAGAAGAUAUAGUUCUUCGAGUUUGCAUCGCCAUCCGAAAUGACAUUGUUAAAUAUCGUGGUAAUUUUUGUCAUUUUAGUUCUAUCUUUUUUCACCAUGGAACUAGUUCUAUUAGUUCACUAGUUCCAUCGUUUGAAAUAAGGGAAUGUAACAAAAUAAUUGAAAUUUAUUCUCGUGAAAUUUAUUAGAAUGCGAAGUUAGACUUCGUAUUAAUCAGGAGCUCCGUUCUUAUUGAAAUAUUUUUUUACAGGAAUAUUCUAGAAGUUUUUUGCAUUUUUGUUCCGUUUAUAUAAUUGAACUAGUUCCUUUAGUUCACCAGUUCAACUGUUUAAACGAAGGAAUUGGAAUUACCUUUGCGAGGCAAAAUUAAUAUGAGCGCAAAAACCUUGACCUCAGAACAUUAUAAUAUUGUAUAGGGAAAAUGUAUUCUAAUUUAUUAUAUAACCAGUUCUCCAAAAGAAAGUGGGAGUUAACACAAGUUUUUUAAAAAUUCAGUACAAUUUUGAAAUGAAUUUUGGUAUUUGUCAAUAGACCAGAAAAUAGUAAUUGAUAUUCUAGUCCAGCAAGAAAAUCGUUCUCUUUGUAGUUGAACUCAUUUUACUGAACUAGUUCGUUCUUUUAGAUUAGUUUCUAGUUCGUCGGACAGAUUAACUAAAUAAAUAGUAGGGAUUACCGAUUUCUUAAAUAUCCAUUACGAUUUUGAAAUACAUUUUUGUUUUUGCCAAUGAACGUAUGUUUAUUUAAUUUCACUGAACUAGUUCAUUCUCUAAGAUCAGUUUCCAGUUAACCUACAUAAGGAAACGGUAAGAUCUUACGGCAUUCUUCAAGUAUAUUUGGCAAUAUACGUAAGAAAUAGGCCUUGAUACUUUAGUCCUGCGAUGAAAUCUCGUUGCUUUGCUUUUCACGACGCUUAAAAUCCAUUUCCAUUUUAUUUCGCUGUAAACGAUCCAAACAAGUUUGAGAAAUGUUCUUGAUCGUCAGUUAUUCCUUUCAGUGAAUCAUCCAAUUGAACUAGUUGAAUUGGACUAAUUGCAGAACUCGUGUUCCAAAUCAUUUUUCAAGAAAUUGUUAUGGCGAAAUAUUUAACGGCGUUUAGUAAUUUCUGAUCGAAAUCGUCGUACCCGAUCUUCUUGGAAAGCUUCAAAUUAUCCCGAAACAAAACGAAAUAUUGCGAAAAUGGUAAAGGAACAAAGUUCUAAUGGACUAAGUAAGGCAACUAGGUUAGUCGAUCUUUUCAGUGAACCAUAAAAUUGAACCAGUUGAACUGAACUAAUUGAAGAACUCACAUACCAAGUCAUUAAUCAAGAAAUUGAUAUUGAGAAAAGUGUUAACUAGGACUAAUUCCGCCUGAUUGGAAACGUCCACCUCCAACAUACGAAAUUAAAAUUAUCCCAAAAAUUUAUUUUAUUUGAUCGAUAUGACAGAAACCUAAAAAUUCACCAGCACGAGAUAUCCAUCUACCCCUUCGAAUCCAUAAUGGGAAAUUGUAGAGCGAUCGGUUGUUAAAUUUAGCUACGAUCUUAAAAAUAACAGCAGCUCAUUCUCUGCCUUAGAUCCAUGACAAAUUUGUGCUAGGGCUUUCAAUAGAAUUAAGUCAUUGGGGAAGAACUAGUUCGAAGCAACUAUUUCGCAAAUGGAAAAAUCGGAACAAUUUUCAGCUCCUUCGCGAUGUGUAGAAUAUUUGCACUUGAACGAAGGACUGUCGUAAAAGGUUAGACAGAACGAAACGGAAUGGCAGAAUGAAAAUGAACGAUUGAGCUGAAAUGAACAACUGAACUAAAAUUAAGUAUGGAACUAAAUGAACGAACUAGUUCCUCUUGACGGAAGGGACGAGAAAGAUCGAACAAUCAGAGAUAUAUUCAACUCUUUCGAAAGAUCAGCAGAACAAAACGCAAGGCUAAAAUUGAUACAAAAGAUUGAUCUGAAAUUUUAAAACUGAAUUAAAAGGAACUAAGUGAAUGAACUUGUUCCCUUUCGAAAAAUCAGCAGAACAAAACGGAAGGCUAAAAUUAAUACAAUUGAGCUGAAAUUGAACAACUGAACUGAAAGGAACUAGAUAACGAACUAGUUCCUCUUUAGUACUACUGAUUGAUAACUCCAGAUAUCAAAGUAUCAAUUUUCAGCCAGGUCCUGUGAAACACUAAAAUACGCAAACGUCAUUGAUAUUUUUUCUUAAGACGAAUUUUAAUUUAUUGAGAACCCAAAAUGUCAAUUUAAAGGUGAUUCGGUUGGGUGCAGUGUCAUGAGGUAUGCCAAUCAGCCGAAUAGUAUUAGUUCGGCCAGUUUUUAGUGAAGGAAACCUGUGAAAAUAUGGCUAAAAUUAAUGAUAAGCCAUUGCAGACCUCAGGUUAUUGUGCCUAAGUUUUCACUUCCCCAAAUAAAAAAGUUCUCUAAUCAUUGAUCUAAAAAAUGGAUCCGAAAUCAAAGACCUAAAAUAGUAAAGACUGGACAAAAUGCAUUAUGGAAAAAUAGUUAAUGUGAAAUAUAUAUAGGGGCGCUGCUCACAACAGUGACAUGUUAGCAUAAAAAUCAUACUUACAGAGCAAUUUUGAGAAUAACAUUCUCUGUAAACCAAAAUUUUGGACUAAAAAUUGCAUUCCAUUGACGUUUUCAAUUAAUUGAAAAUUGCAUUUACUGUUAAAAAAACUUAACAUUGGUGAUUAUGUUGUUAAGAUAUCGUAACAACAGAGGUAUGUACACCUGGUGACAAUAUUUUGAGUCUGUCUUGUCCCAUCUUUAUACUCUAUGUCUUUGCCGAAAUUCUCUCAAGCUUACUAUCGCCUCUAGUAUAGAUCCAAUUUUCUUUUUGACUUUAGGCCUUUUCCAUGUUGCUGUUAAUAUUUUGUCACAGAUCAAAGGAUUAUUAUUAACGAUAAGCCAUUGUAGAUCCCUGGUUAUCGUCUUUUAGUUUCGCAAAUAGAAAAUGUUCUCCAAGUCUUCAUCUGAAAAAUGGAUACGAAGUUCUCUCAAGCUUACUUUCGACUUUAUUCGAUAGUAAGCUUACUGUAGAUCCAAUUUUCUUUUUGACUUUAAGUCUUUUCUAUUUUGGUGUUAAUAUUUUUUCUUAGAUCAAAGGAAAACUCAAUGGCCCUAGCAGGAAUAACUCAAUUAUAUACAUUCUCCUUGUCACCGUUCAAAACCUAUACCCAAGCAUUUCCAAAAACGUAAAAUCUUUCCCGGCUAACUUUGUGCAGAGUUGUACUCCAUUUUCAGUUUUGCAGAUUUGCCCAUAACUAUCUAUUAUUUUCAUUAUUUGUUUGAUGAUACUAAAUUAUUUUGUUUAACAAAAAAAAAAUACAUAGACCUUUCUGUAUAUUAUAUUAGUUUAUUUGGUAAAUCAAACAUAAAACAAACCUUUCUCUAUUCUAUAUAUAUAUAUAUAAAACAUAUAUAAAUAAUAUAUAUUUACUUUUCAAAUUACAAGAAAGAAAGAAAAAAAUAAGUAAAAAAUCAAUUUUUUAUGAUAUAUAUAUGUAUUAAAAUAUUUAACUCCAACAACAAAACAAUUAUGAUUUUUGUAAAAAAUUUAAAAAUACUGAAACAAAUUGUGUAUAUACUCGUAUAUCUUUAAAUUAUAUAACAAGGAAAAAAUAUUAAAAAUAAAUUCUUUAAAUGGUAUGGAAAUAAUAUUUAAUAGCUAUAAAAAUCAAAUUUAUUGUAUUUUACAAAAAGACAACAAGAAAAACAAAUUAAAACAAAAAAAAACAACAACAUAUAAACAUGUAUACAGAAAACGUAAAAAAAUAAAAAUUAAUAUAUAAUAUAAAA